AUGUUAAAACAGGAUCUAUUUCCAAAGAGCUCAGAUUUCACAAAGACCCCAGAUAUUAGGGAACUUAGUGCCUGGUAUGAGUGCCCUAAUAACAACAGACCUCUGCUCACCAAAGAGGCUCAAGGACAUGACCGCUGUGGUUCUUUCUCAGUGUUGGUGGAAUGCAACCGUUUUAAUUUCCGUGCUAUAGUUAAAAGAGCACUGUUUUAUACCGACGAAUUGGUAGGUCCUGAUGAGUUAUUUCUAGGGACUGGCUGUCAGGCAAUUCACGUGCGACUAGAUGAAAUGGAGUUUGACUAUCCUGUUACUCUCUGUGGCAUUGAAACACAGCUUUUCUAUGAUGGAUUUGUCAUUCAUUCCUGGCUUACCUACACACCAAGGAAUGAAUCCAUUUCUGCUGAACUUCGCUUGCAGUGCGUACUUCCCAGCUCCUAUGUCUCAUCUGAGGAAACCCCUAGCAAUACUGAAAUGAACAAAACAAUCGCCCUACCACCUCCUGCUCAGCACUGGUUCCUGAUACAGUACAGAUACUGUAUGAGAUGUGACUGUGCUCACUUCAGAGAUAACUGGUCAAGGCCUUUUUAUGGACCACACAAUCACUCUCUUCAAAGGCAUUAGAGCCAUCCUUUCAUCUUUGAAUUUUAGAAGACUGAGCCUUUGGAAUUCAGUAGCAACAUAAAGUAACCCAGUUUAAUGAUGUAAUGUGGUAUUUUAUUUUUAUAUAUUUGUGUGUUUUUAAUUCAUUUUAAUCCAUUGUAAUCCAGUUUAUGAUGCCUUUGA